AUGUCUGCUUCCAGAGUGUUCUUUGUACUAUGCUGACCAUGUAAACCCAGAUAUAUGAAUAUUUUUUUGUUAUGAAUGACAUUACUUUUCAAAUAGAACAAUUUGCCACCGGAACCAUCUCACGAAUGUAAAAGAUCAGGGGACACGUUUACAAAUGCGCCUAGUUCGGCGCUUCCGGUUUACUGUUGGCUCUGUCAGACAAGUUUAGUUUAGUUGUUUGUUUGUUUUUCACCCCUUCUGCUGUCUUCGGAUAUGUCUCAUGCAUUGAGGACACCUUGUACUGGAGUGUUUAGCGUUCAGAGAUCCGCAGCGCUGCAGUGAAGCACGGUCAGAGUCAGAGUCAGCCGUUUGAUGAGUCUCUGCUAGAGUUUCUUGUUGUGUCCACUGUCCAAAAAACCCCUGAGGUACGACGAAAGGAGCAAUGAAUUAAUAAACGAACAGCCUGGUAUUGCAUAUCCCAUCAUUGAUGGUAUUCCUAAGAUGAUCCCACAAGAUGCAAGAAUGAUCCAUAAGAGUGCAGCGACUGAAAAACCCACUCAAUCUUGAAUUUAUAAAGCUAAUUCUUCACUCUUCAUUUUCUGUCACAAUGUUUUUCUCCCUGUCUACAGUGACUGUUCUUGUACCACUGAUAUCUUUGUCUGGACUUUUUUACUCCGCAGCAGUGGAUGAAAAUUUCCCUCAAGGCUGUACGAGCGCAAGCAGCGUGUGUUUCUACAGCCUGCUGCUGCCAGUAACAAUUCCAGUCUAUGUUUUCUUUCACCUUUGGAAGUGGAUGGGAAUCAAGCUGUUUAGACACAAUUAAAACUGUACAACGGUGAGACUGUUUUAACUGUAGGAACUUUUGUGAACAAUGCUUGCUUGUAAACAAACUGAACAUUCAUAUACUGAAUAAACAUUGAAG